ACCUGUUCACCGUGCUUCGAGGAGAGAUGCAGAUUCCGGAGGAGGCCCUCAAGCAUGAGAAGUUCAGCAGCCAGCUGCAGCUCAACCAGAAGAAACCUCCGAAGAAGGAAGCGUGUAAAUCUGAGGCGAAACCCUCCAAGACAGCAGCAGAGUGUGAGGGGGCCGCCGCCGCCAAGCCUCCAGAAGCCGGCAGGGUGGAGGAUAAGACGCCAGGGGACGGCUCAGUGUUACACAAAAUCACACCUCUCUAUGGCCAGCCUGCCUGGUGGGGGGAGGAAGAAGCUAAGAACCAGCAACCCGGUAGGCCAGAGGAGAAGACCUCAGAUCGGAAGCGAGAAAAAGCUGAAACAGACACCAAGAAGAGUGCUGAGGCCCCCAAAUCAGCCCCACAAGCAGCUUCUGAUCAGGAGCCCAGCUACUUUGAGAUCCCAACCAAGGACACUGUCUCGGCAGGUAAGGUGAGCGGUGAAGCCCCCUCACGAGAACAAGAUGCCAGUGCAUCUUCUGGCGCAGAACCCGUCCAUGGCCACGCCUCCUUCACCAUUGAGUUUGACCCCACGGCAGCAGAUAAAGCGAGCACCAAAGAUCGGGUUGUGAAGGUGGGACCGGAGACCAGGCCCCGACCUAAAAGGCCUGUCGGGGAGGAGCUGAGUCCACUUCAGACCGCCAUGGUGGCUGCAGAGGUUAAGGUCGCCGACUGGCUGGCCCAGAACGAGCUGCCAUUGGCUCUUAAAGAAACGGUUGCAGAGGAGGAUGGGGAAAGUGUGAAGAGUGAUGUUCCUGUACAACUGAAGAGCCUUAAAGGCAGUAAACAUGAAGAUGGUACGCAGAGUGACACAGAGAACGCACUUGGAGGCAAACGCACGGCCACAACAAUGGAAGAGCGCUCGUGGGGGCUUUGGGGUGGGAUGAAGAUCAGAGAAGGUCGAGCUAACGUACCAGAGGGGCUCUUCGCAGAGGAGGAAAGUCCGGCUCGCCGUCGCAAGUCUUCAACUUCUAAAGCGGCAUGCGGAUUCGUAGAGAGGCGACGCGCAGAGGCCACACAUCAGCAGAGCGGACGCCAUGAGGGCUACCACCAUGGGGACGAUUACAGUGACAGGGGGACCUACACCAUUGAGCUGGAGAAUGGAGAUCAGGAAGAGGAAGAGGCAAGAAAAAUGAUAGACAAGGUGUUUGGUGUGGAUGAGCAGGAGGGGGUGUGUGUGUCCAGGCAGGGGGGUGCUGACCAAAGAGAGGGGGUCACCUCCCAGAGGUCUGGUGGCAGAGACAGAGGAAAGCAUGGACGCAUGGAGACAGAGGUACUACCUGAGGAACUGAUGGUGGGCGGUCCUCGCUGGGUCUCGCAGUGGGCUACUCUGGCUGCCAGUCACAUUAGGACAGACCCCGAGGGAUCCGGAGGGGAGAGUCACAUGAUGGUCUCAGAGGACAGAGCUGAAAUAAGUGAGUCCAGCCACUCGGCGUCUUUUGCCUCGUCUGGCUACACAGAGCGUAAGAGGAGAACCCUGCCCCAGCUGCCAGGGGAGGAGCUCGCCCUGGGAAGGAGGACCCCUGGCGCAGGCCUUCGUACGGACAUGGGGGAGAAACAAGACACAGAGCUACAGGAGAAGGAGAGCAAUGAGGAGAAAAUGUCCAGGGGAAGGAAUCGGCCCGGUCAUUGCACUGGAGGUGUGGGCAGCCACAGUGGCAGCCCCAGUCGCUCCUCUCCGGCCAAGUCGCAGGAAAGCGCUGGCGGGAGAUCAGGCAAGUCAGGUGUGUUGGCAAAGCUCCCCCCUCGUCCAUUAACCAGUGGGGAGAAGAGAAUGGAAGAGGCACGGAAGAGGAAAAAGGAAGAGGAGAAGGCCAGGGAAAGUAGUGGCAAACCAUUGUUCAGGCAGGAGAGUUUUACUGUGGAGAAGCCCAGCUCCAACGCAUCCGUCGAGCUCCGUCCUCGUAUCGAAGCGCUCUCAGGCAGCAGAACUCAGAUCACGGAGGUCGGCCUUGAGAACACAUCGCUGCAGAAAGACUCAGAAGCUGUUGCCGCCUUUUUAGAGACAACUGUGUCAGACCAAGGGGAUCCACCGAGUCAGUCCAUCGAAGGCUCCUUGUCCCCAGAGUCAGACGUUGACACGACCAGCACAGUAAGCCAGGCUGAGGGAGCGAGAAAAGUAAUCCAGAAACGGCGGAUUUUAGCAGGACAGCAGAAGGAGAGAACGAUGGUGUGCUCAUCGGGCAAAGGCCCCAACGGGGGGCGAGAGACCCAGGAGAGGAGGGUCAAAGCCAGGGCACCUGCACCUCCGCAGGCCAGUCGUCCAUGGGCCUCCCUAGACCUCACGGACGAUGAUGUCAACACCAACUCGCUCCUCUCUGACUCCCUGCCAACCACGCAGGAGUCUAAAAGCUCUACAACCAGAGCCCCGACUGGGAGCACAACAUUGGGGGCUAGCACCAAGUCUAGUCGGGCUAAGAUCAGCCAGACCCCAGCUUCUUCUGCAGGCAGUAAAACCACCAGUGCUCCCAAGCCUAGGCCCACCAGGGCGUCCCUGCUGAGGCGAGCCCGGCAUGGGGAUUCCUCAGACACCGAACCAGCUGAUUUCGACCGGAUGUCGGUAGCUUCUGAGGCCUCCACAGCGAGUUCCACAUCCAGGACAGGGAUGGCAAGAAGGGGAAUGUCCAGGAUAGACGCUCUGGCACAGCCGAGGAGGCAGAGGGUGGGAUCCCCGUCAGCCCAGAGUGACUCAGAGGCCACAGUGACGAGGGGUAGAGGUCUAGGAGCCCGUAGUGUUGCAGGUGAUUAUGCCAUCAGACAAGGACUGAGAGGUUCCAAUUUGAACUCAGUGUCUGGACCGAGGGCUCGGGCUAACAGUGCCUCCAAGCUACCUGAUAAGAAUAGAGGGACAUCUUCCUAUGGACAUAUAACAUCUGCGUCUGGCACUCGGUGGCGCCGCGUGCCUGUGGAUUAUGCUUCCACCUCAGAGGAUGAGUACGGCUCCAACCGGCACCUUUCCAAGCAGAGUCAAACACGACCGUUCCCUUCCACUCGGGUAGCCCAGCUAGGAGGCUCAGCCCCCACCACCCCUAAUCCUACAGGUCUGUCUGCUCUGAGGCAACAGUCCAAGGAACAGGACGAGUAUAUGAGAGACUGGACAGCACACAGCGAGGAAAUAGCCAGGAUCAGCCAGGACCUGGCCAAAGACCUCGCUAUGCUCGCCAGAGAAAUUCAUGAUGUUGCCGGAGAGAUCGACUCAGUCAGCCCCGCAGCCACCGACCCUGGAGCUCUGAUAGAGGAGCGUGUGUUUGAUGACAGCUUGGACCAGACUGCUGCUUCUGCAGAGCACAGCAGCAUUGUGGAAACUAACGGGCGCUCUGUGGAGCUUCGACCCCGAGGCUCUGGUGGACAGAGCUCACGUUCCAUCCGCAGACAGACAUGGAAUAGAGAUGAUUCGGUGCUGGACAGUUUACUACUAGCAUCGGUCUCUCAGCUGUCGGCGAGAAUACGUCAGUCUGUUGAUAAAACAGCCUACAAAAUAAGGAUCCUCUUCAAGGAUAAAGAAAGGAAAUGGGAAGAGAUUGAGAACAAACUGCAGGCAGAGCGCGACUCCUUACUACUCAAGAGCUCCAAUAAGGAGCUUUCAACCAUCAUUCAAGACCUGAGGAGAGUGGAAAGACAAAUGCUCGUAAUUGACAUGAUGGUGGACCCCGACGGCACCCUGGAUGCCCUUUCCAAUCUCGGCGUGACCAGUCCUUUGGCUGACCAGAAAAUGAGCCCAGGUACUCAGCAGGGGGCAUCUGUGUCGCACCCUGCUGCUGGAGCUCCCUCCAGCAUACUCUCCAGGCCUGAGGGACAGACCACUGAAUCCUGCGAACCUUAAGACUACACAGAGGUGGCAGAGCGAGAACAAGGGCUCUGACAGAGCCCUAGAUUCUACACUGAGACAACAAGGACAUAUAUAAGAAUGCAUCCUUUAUGUUGGAGAUAUCCAGAGAGUGUGAGGUUAGAAUACUUUAAAGUGAAUGGUUUGAGACAAAGGAGGAAAGAGAAGGAGAAAGAUGCCUAUUCUGUAGGAGAGCCACACUGCCCUAACUUUCAAUCAAAGUGACUUGUGAUUGGACCUUUUAAAAGUCCAAUGCUUCCAAAUAGCAGCUAUGUGAGAUAUACAGUAUGAAAACACAACAGUACUAUUUGUCGGGCUGAUGAAGAAGAUAUAACAUAAUAUACAGUGACCCAUCUGGGAUCUGUGUUGCUAUUCAUUCUUACUAUCCAUUAUCUACGGAAGCCCUGAGAAACAAGUGAAAAAAAUAAUGUUUUGCCUUGAUAAGCUUUCUUUAUUCAUAAAAAAGUAUCUUUUUCCAUCUGUAAAACAGGUAUGGAAAAACAUUUAUCAGUAGGAUAAUGUUUUAUUAUUAUAAGUGGAAAGGUUUUGCCAGGUAAAUUUCAUUUAUUUUGUCAAGAUAAGUUUUCAAAAACAAAAAGUAACAAGUAAAACAUUAUCCUGGAUAAUGUUUUACUUGUUUAAUGUGUCAUUAAUACAGCAAAGAAAACCAACUUUUUUUUCCUCACUUGCAUCUUUGGGCUUCUGUACUUAUUUAAAAUAUUUGAAAAAACGACAGAUGUAAAUGAAGACAGGGUUUUAUGUUGUCAUUUUUUUCCCUCCAAAAUCCUGAUAAAAUCCCAUUACUGUUUCUUUUCCAGGCCAUGAAAUAUUGCCAUUUAAAUCAAAGAUUGACUUAAUGCCAAUGCAAAACCUAGGAAGGGGCAAAGGUGUCAAACAAGGAAUAGUGUGUGAAACUUUUUCUACCCAGCCAUAGAUUUAUUUAUAUUCACUAUUAUAAUGUUGAAAUUGUAAUCCUCAAACCACAGUAAUGAUUUUCCAUCAGAAAAGAGCAGCUUUUGCUUGGAAAAGAACUGGGUAUGUACAGUAUGUACCAAUGUUAAUGUUAAUUAUAGUUGAAUCAGAAACCCCUAUCCAUGCCUUUCUUUUUCCUAUGGCGAUGUCAUUUGAAACCAGUAAAAAGAUAGACCGUGUUUGUUGAUUAAAAAAACUAUGAAGUCAAAUGUAGCUCCCAGAACGGUUUUCCUCUUCCAAAUGUAUUUUGUCACAAGUGCCCUGGAUCAAACAAUCAUUACAGUUGGAGAUGAGAGAUGCCACAGUGUAUAGGAGAUGGUGUUGUUUUGCACAUUACAAAGCUGAUAUAUGGACAUAUUCAUCUCUGAGGGAACAGGACAUGACGUGCUCCUGUGGCACUUCUUUUUCAAUACCCCUCGACCAAAAACAAAACAGGGUGAAAGCCAGCUGCCUGUGGAUGAACAGAUUGUCAAAUUAUUUUCUGAUAAUGUUGCGUUUAAACCAGCGUAGACAAAGUCCUGCAGCUUUUUUAUUGUUACCGAUGCAAUGGAACGAUGGACAGUAUAUAAUGGUUAUCCAAUGUCUUGCCUCAUACCAAUGUUUACACAUGAAUGUAACCCGAGAACUGUUGAAACAUUUUAGCCAAAACAACUUGAAUAAAGAUUGAUAUCUGCAUUUUGUGCUCAGCACCUACUGAUCUUUGUCCUUUAUUCUGUUUGAGCAUUUGGAGAAUCUUUAAUGUUUUGUAUGAAGUUUUUUUUUCUUUUCCUUAUAAUGAUGUUAAGUCACAUGUUGA